CUCCAUUCUUCCUGGUCACAGCUGUGUCACUCAGAAGGGUCUCCAUGGAUCCAGUUGUGGUCCUAGUGCUCAGUCUGUCCUGUUUGCUUCUCAUCUCACUCUGGAGACAGAGCUCAGGGAGAAAGAAGCUCCCCCCGGGCCCCACUUCUCUCCCAAUUAUUGGCAAUUUCCUCCAGAUAGAUGUGAAGAAUAUCAGCCAAUCCUUAACCAAGUUAUCAAAAUCCUAUGGCCCCGUGUUCACUCUGUACUUGGGCUCACAGCCCACUGUUGUGCUGCAUGGGUAUGAAGCAGUGAAGGAAGCUCUGAUUGAUCAUGGGGAUGAGUUUUCUGGAAGGGGACACUUCCCAUUGGCUGAAAGAAUUAUUAAAGGCCGUGGAAUUGUUUUUAGCAAUGGAAGCAUAUGGAAAGAGACAAGGCGCUUCACACUCAUGACCCUGCGGAAUUUGGGAAUGGGGAAAAGGAAUAUUGAGGACCGUGUUCAAGAGGAAGCACAGUGCCUUGUGGAGGAACUGAGGAAAACCAAUGGCUCACCAUGUGAUCCCACCUUCAUCCUGGGCUGUGCCCCCUGCAAUGUCAUCUGCUCCAUUAUUUUCCAGAAUCGUUUUGAUUAUAACGAUAAGGAUUUUCUAACAUUAAUGGAGAAAGUAAAUGAAAAUGUCAGGAUUCUGAGCUCCCCCUGGUUGCAGGUCUGUGGUAAUUUCCCUUUACUCCUUGACUACUGUCCAGGAAGUCAUCACAAAGUAGCAAAAAAUGUUGAUUAUUUGAAAAGUUACCUGCAGGAGAAAAUAAAAGAUCACCAGGAAUCACUUGAUGUUUCAAACCCUCGUGACUUUAUUGAUUAUUACCUGAUUAAGCAGAAACAGGCAAACCACAACCAACAAUUGGAGUUCACACCUGAAAAUCUGGCAGCCACGGUGAAUGAUCUGUUUGGUGCAGGGACAGAGACAACAAGUACAACACUGAGAUAUGCUCUCCUGCUCCUGCUGAAGAACCCACAUGUCACAGCUAAAGUCCAGGAGGAGAUUGACCAUGUGGUUGGCAGACACCGCAGCCCCUGCAUGCAGGACAGGAGCCACAUGCCCUACACGGAUGCCAUGAUUCAUGAGGUUCAGAGAUUCAUCGACCUCCUUCCCACCAGCCUGCCCCAUGCCGUGACCUGUGACAUGAAAUUCAGGAACUAUCUCAUCCCCAAGGGAACAACAGUAAUAACAUCUCUCUCAUCAGUGCUGCAUGACAGCAAGGAAUUCCCCAACCCAGAGAUGUUUGACCCUGGCCACUUUCUAGAUGAGAAUGGAAACUUUAAGAAAAGUGACUACUUCAUGCCUUUCUCAACAGGAAAACGUAUUUGUGCAGGAGAGGGCCUGGCUCGCAUGGAGCUGUUUCUAUUCCUGACCACCAUUUUGCAGAACUUUAAACUGAAAUCGUUGAUUCACCCAAAAAACAUCGAUAUGACCCCAGUGGCGAAUGGAUUUGUCUCUAUCCCUCCUCCUUACCAGCUCUGCUUCAUUCCUUUCUAA